AUGGUUUGUGGAAAAAUUGCGGAAGCCAGUAUUUCAGUCGAUCAGUUCAGUUGUUCAAUCUGUCUGGAUCUACUGAAGAAUCCAGUGUCUACAAACUGCUGGAAUCAGGAAGAUCAGAAGAGAAUCUACAGCUGUCCUCAAUGCAGACAAACCUUCAUAACAAGACCUGUUUUAGUUCAAAACACCAUGCUGGCUGAAGUGGUGGAGAAACUGAAGAAUUCAAGACUUCAAUCUUCUCAUUUUUCUACUGAUUGUUACGCUGGAUCUGGAGAUGUGGAGUGUGACGUCUGUACUGAGAGAAAACUGAAAGCAGUCAAGUCUUGUCUAGUGUGUCUGAACUCUUACUGUCAAAAUCAUCUCGACCAGCAUGAGAAUUUCUUUAAAAGUAAAAAACACAAAGUGAUUGAUGCCACUGGACGACUACAAGAAAUGAUCUGCAGAAAACAUGAUAAACAACUGGAGAUCUACUGUCGUACUGAUGAUCAAUGCAUUUGUUAUUUGUGUACGAUGGAUGAAAACAAAAACCACGACAUUGUGACAGCUGUGACAGAGAGAACAGAGAAACAGAUAAAGACACAAAUAAAGUUUCAAGAGAGAAUUCAGGAGAGAGAGAAGGAUCUUCAGGAGUUGAGACAGGUUGUGGACUCUCAUAAGCGCUCUGCACAGACAGCAGUGGAGGACAGUGAGAGGAUCUUUACUCAACUCAUCCGCUCCAUAGAGAGAAGACGCUCUGAGGUGACACAACUGAUCAGAGAUCAGGAAAAGACUGUAGUGAGUCGAGCUGAAGGAGUCUUGAAGCGUCUGGAGCAGGAGAUUGAUGAUCUGAGGAGGAGAGACACUGAACUGAAGCAGUUUUUACACACAGAUGAUCACAUUCAUUUCCUGCAGAGUUUCAAGUGUUUCUCUGUGACUCCUGAAUCUUCAGAUGUUUCCAGCAUUACUGUCAGUUCUCAACUCUCUUUUGAUGAAGUGAGACAAUCUGUUUCUAAUCUAAAAGAAAAACUGGAGGAUUUGUGCAAAGAAGAGAUUGAAAAUAUAAAUGGCAGAGGUACUGUAAAGUAA